AUGCUCCACCGCUACACCGACACGGACGAGGACCCCUACAGCAUCCGACAGGGGUUGUUCCACGCCCACCUCGGAUGGAUGGUGCUGGCGAAGCCGCAAGCACAACCGCCCGGGAAAACCCGGCGCACACGGCGCCGCAUCGACCUCUCCGACCUCGACGCUGACGCGGUCGUCGUCUGGCAGAGUCGGUACUACGCAUUGCUCGUCGUACUGAUGGGCUGGAGGUUCCCGAUGGUCACCCCGCGCGACAGUUUCCUGGCUGCGGUGCUGACGCUGGGCGAGAAGUAUCAUAACUCCCACCAUACCUUUCCGUCGGACUACCGCAAUGGGGUCCGCUGGUAUCAUUACGACUGCACCAAGUGGGCGAUCGCGGGGUGCGCGGUGCUGGGAUUGGCCGAUGGGCUGCGCCGGGCGGGCGACGGUGAGAUUGAGAGGGCGAGGCUGCAAGAGAUGCAGAAGGCGCUCACCCGGCGAAUGGAGGCCCCCCCGCAGGCUGUGACUGUGGAAAAGCUGCCGCGGGUAGACUGGGCCGAGUAUCGGGGUGUGGUUGAAAAGGGCCGAUAUUUGGUGGCCGUUGAUGGGGUGGUGCAUGAUGUCGGCGCGUUCAUGGCGGAGCAUCCCGGGGGAGAGCAUUUGAUUCAGGCGUGGGUAGGGAAAGAUGCCAUGAUGGCGUUCCAUGCGGGCAUUUAUAGGCACUCGAAGGUGGCAAGGAAUAUUCUGGCUUGUGUGCGGGUGGCCGAACUCGAGAGUGGAAAGCCAGGGACUGAAUCCCAAUAG